CCCGCUCUGGUUUAAAAACAGCUAGAAACCUUUUACUCAGCUCGUGGUGUAAUUUCUCCCAGUUUAGGUUGAGCACAUGGAAAUUUGUUUGGCAAUUCUUUUUACGGCACUGUUCUCAUUAGCUGCUCACACAAGCGGGGGUUUAUCUGAUUGUGUGGUAGAUGGAAACUUCAGGAUAAAAUUCAAUGGCCUGAGGCUGCGCGAAGUUUACCCUGGCUGUGGUUAUGAGGAGGUCCCAGAAAUCCUGGAUCGAAGGUGUGUUCGACAAGAGAGAAUGUAACAAAAUCAUACCCAGUUCCAAAGACCCUCACAGAUGUACUGCAGGAUGCCAGGUCUGCCAGAAUUUAAUCAGGUGUUACUGUGGGCGAUUGAUUGGAGAUCAUCUUGGAAUAGAUUAUAGCGGGACCAUGUCAGCUGCCAGUGGUGGUGACAAAGAACAAUGGUCUGUUGAAAAGCACACAACAAAAAGCCCUACAGAUACCUAUGGUACUAUUAACUUCCAAGAUGGCGAGCACAUCCACCAUGCCAAGUAUAUUAGAACUUCUUUUGAUACAAAGUUGGAUCACCUGUUACAUUUGAUGUUGGAAGAGUGGAAGAUGGAAUUGCCAAAGCUGGUGAUCUCUGUCCACGGGGGCAUCCAGAACUUCAAGAUGCCCUCCAAACUCAAAGAGAUCUUCAGCCAGGGUCUGGUCAAGGCUGCGGAGACAACAGGAGCGUGGAUAAUAACUGAAGGCAUUAAUUCCGGAGUGUCCAAACAUGUUGGGGAUGCCUUGAAAGCACACUUCUCUCAGUGCUUGAGAAAAAUCUGGACGGUUGGAAUCCCUCCGUGGGGUGUCCUUGAGAACCAGAGAGAUCUUAUUGGAAAAGAUGUGGUGUGCCUGUACCAGACCCUGGGAAACCCCCUCAGCAAGCUCACUACCCUCAACAGCAUGCAUUCCUACUUCAUCCUGUCCGAUGACGGGACCGUGGGCAAGUAUGGGAAUGAGAUGAAGCUCAGGAGGAACCUGGAAAAGUACCUCUCUCUGCAGAAAAUACACAGCUGCUCAAGACAAGGCGUGCCCCUGGUGGGGCUGGUGGUGGAAGGAGGUCCCAAUGUCAUCCUCUCGGUGUGGGAGACGGUGAGAGACAAGCACCCAGUGGUGGUGUGUGAAGGCACUGGCAGGGCGGCCGACCUCCUGGCCUUCACCCACAAGCACUUGGCAGAUGAAGGAACCCUCCGUCCUCAGGUGAAGGAGGAGAUCGCCUCUAUGAUUCAGAACACUUUCAACUUCAGUCUUAAACAGACCAAGCACCUUUUUCAAAUUCUAAUGGAGUGCAUGGUACACAGGGAUUCUAUUAUCAUAUUUGAGGCUGAUUCUGAGGAGUUGCAAGACCUUGACCUAGCAAUCCUAACAGCUCUGCUAAAAGGCACAAAUUUAUCAGCUUCUGAACAAUUAAAUCUGGCAAUGGCUUGGAAUAGAAUGGACAUUGCCAAGAAACAUAUCCUUAUACAUGGACAACAUUGGAAGGCUGGCUCACUGGAACAAGCAAUGUUAGAUGCUUUAGUGAUGGAUCGGGUGGAUUUUGUGAAGCUCUUAAUAGAAUACGGAGUGAACCUCCAUCGCUUUCUUACCAUCCCUCGACUGGAAGAGCUCUAUAAUACAAAACAAGGACCUACUAACAUGCUGUUGCAUCAUCUUGUCCGAGAUGUAAAACAGCAUGCCCUUCUUUCAGGCUACAGAAUAACACUGAUUGACAUUGGAUUGGUAAUAGAGUACCUUAUUGGUGGAGCGUAUCGCAGCAGCUACACAAGAAAAAAUUUCAGAGCCCUCUACAAUCUCUACAGAAAACAUAAGAGAGUGACCAGCUUCGCUCAGAGCCUUUCCCAGCCCUCUGCUCCCCGGAGAUGCUCCUCAGGAAAGAGGAAGGAAUCUGCAGAAAGCACGCUGCAUUCCCAGUUCAUCAGAACCGCCCAGCCUUACAAACUCAAGGAAAAGCCUAUAGUCCUUCAUAAAUCAAGGAAGAAGUCAAAAGAACAAAACUUAUCUGAUGACCCUGAGUCUACUGGCUUUAUCUACCCUUACAACGACCUGCUGGUUUGGGCUGUGCUGAUGAAAAGGCAGAAGAUGGCCAUGUUCUUUUGGCAGCACGGAGAGGAGGCCAUGGUCAAGGCGGUGAUUGCUUAUAUACUCUACCGAGCCAUGGCCCGUGAGGCGAAGGAGAGCAACAUGGUGGAUGAUGCCUCGGAAGAGAUGGAAAAUUACUCAAAGCAGUUUGGCCAGCUUGCCUUGGACGUGCUGGAAAAGGCAUUCAAGCAGAAUGAGAGAAUGGCCAUGAAGCUGCUGACCUAUGAACUCAAGAACUGGAGCAAUUCUACUUGUUUGAAACUGGCCGUGUCCGGAGGGCUACGGCCCUUUGUUUCGCAUACUUGUACCCAAAUGCUGCUGACAGACAUGUGGAUGGGGCGCCUGAAAAUGAGGAAGAUCUCUUGGCUAAAGAUCAUCAUAAGUAUUCUUUUACCACCCACCAUUUUGACACUGGAAUUUAAAAGCAAAGCGGAGAUGUCCCAUGUUCCCCAGUCCCAGGAUUUCCAGUUUACGUGGUAUAAUGGUGACCAGAACCCCAGCAGUACCAAGGAGAAUGCUUGUAUGAAAGACUGUGAUAUGGAGAGGGGCCCUGAUGAGAAGCUAGAUGAAAACCAUCACUUUGUUGUUAGGAGUGGUCCCCAGGCCCUUCCCUUGACCAGGAAGGUCUAUGAGUUCUACAGCGCUCCAAUGGUCAAGUUUUGGUGUUAUACGAUGGUGUACCUGGCGUUCCUCAUGCUGUUCACUUACACCGUGUUGGUGGAGAUGCAGCCUCAGCCCAGUGUGCAGGAGUGGCUCGUUAUCAUUUACAUCUUCACCAACGCCAUCGAGAAAGUCAGGGAGGUCUGUAGUUCAGAACCUGAAAAGUUCACUCAGAAGGUAAAGGUAUGGAUUAGUGAGUACUGGAACCUCAUGGAAACUGUGGCUACUGGCCUGUUUUUGGUUGGUUUCGGCCUGCGGUGGGGGGACCCUCCUCUGCACACAGCGGGAAGGCUCAUCUACUGCAUUGACAUCAUAUUCUGGUUCUCACGACUCCUGGACUUCUUUGCUGUGAACCAACAUGCAGGUCCGUAUGUGACCAUGAUGGCAAAAAUGACAGCAAACAUGUUCUACAUUGUGAUCAUAAUGGCCAUCGUCCUGCUGAGCUUCGGAGUGGCACGCAAGGCCAUCCUUUCGCCCAAGGAGCCCCCGUCUUGGAGCCUGGCACGGGACAUUGUGUUUGAGCCUUACUGGAUGAUGUACGGAGAAGUCUACGCAUCAGAAAUAGAUGUUUGUUCAAGCAAUUCAUCCUGCCCUCCUGGUUCUUUUCUUACUCCGUUUCUCCAAGCUGUCUACCUCUUUGUGCAAUAUAUCAUCAUGGUGAACCUGUUAAUUGCUUUCUUCAAUAAUGUUUAUGUAGAUAUGAAAUCCAUUUCAAAUAAACUGUGGAAAUACAAUCGCUAUCGCUACAUCAUGACCUACCACGAGAAGCCAUGGCUGCCCCCACCUUUCAUCUUGCUGAGCCAUGUGGGCCUCUUCCUUCGCUGUCUUUGCCAUCAGCAAGCUCCAAGCGACCAAGAAGAGGGUGAUGUUGGAUUAAAACUCUACCUGAGUAAGGAGGAUCUGAAAAAACUUCACGAUUUUGAAGAACAGUGUGUGGAGAAGUAUUUCCAUGAGAAGAUGGAAGGACUGAAUGGUAGUUGUGAGGAACGAAUCCGAGUGACAGCAGAAAGGGUUACAGAGAUGUACUUCCAACUGAAAGAAAUGAAUGAAAAGGUAUCUUUUAUAAAGGACUCCUUACUGUCUUUGGACAGCCAGGUGGGACACCUGCAGGACCUCUCUGCCCUGACAGUGGACACCCUAAACGUCCUUUCUGCAGUUGACACUUUGCAAGAGGAUGAGGCUCUCCUGGCCAACAGAAAGCUUCCUACUUGCAGAAAGCUCCCCCACAGCUGGAGCAAUGUCAUCUGUGCAGAGGUUCUAGGCAGCAUGGAGAUGCCUGGGGAGAAGAAAUACCAGUAUUACAGCAUGCCGCCUUCUCUGCUGCGGAGCCUGGCCAGAAGCCAGCAUCCCUCCAGAGUGCAGAGGGGACCCCUUGCUGUGGUUGCACACCGUCGCAGAGAGACUUCAAAUGUAAGAGAUGACCAGGAAGAGCAAGAAAUGGAAAACAGUACAGGUGCUUGUUGCCUUGACAGGCAAGCCCACCCAAAGCAUGGCCACUUUAUUCUGGUCCCUUCUCAUCUAAAGCAAGUUCCUUCUUCUGCAGAAACUGACUUGCUUCUGUCCAGAUCACCUGUGGACGUGGGUACAGGUGUGCUGGCACCUGAACAGGCCACCCAGAAUGGAGUCCCUGUUCAUCGGACUUGGCAGACCCCAGUUGUCCCAGCCCAGAGCUCAGUGGCUGAACACAAGGAGCAUACGCAUGAGCCAAUCGUUCACAUACCAGCCAGACAAGGCAGGGGAGAGAAAGUUCUAACCACUUGGAUUUGCACCCCUGCACCCAUGAAAGCUGAGAGCGUGCAAAGUGGAGGUGGAUAUGUGAACUGGGCAUUUUCGGAAGGUGAUGAAACUGGUGUGUUUAGCAAUAAUAAAAACCGGCAAACCUGGUUGGCCUCUACUUGUAACAGUAACUCUAAUGAGAGUGGACAAUGCCAGAGGCAGAUCUUGUGCAGAUCCCUCCCUGAUACCUCAACAGGAUGGGCCCAGCAUAGCGAUUGCUCAGAGGUGGGACCAAGACUCCAGCCAAACACAUCCUUUUGGAUCAAUCCUCUCCGCAGAGACAGGCCCUUCUUUCGGAGUCAGAGUUUGAGAACACAAAAGGAGGAGAAACUGAAGACCUGUAACGUUACAAAUUGUUCAAGAUCUUCAGCGAUGGGACAGUCAGCAUGGAUCAAAGCAAAAAUGCUAACCAAGGAGAGAAGAUCGUCAAAAAAAAAGAAGAAAACACAAGGACUCCAAGUGCCUGUCAUAACAAUCGAUGCCUGUUUUCAAGGUGACCAAUCCAAUUCAGAACCAGGAGAAAGUAACAUCUCCAAAGAAGAGGCACGCAACAGGAACUGGCUGACGGUGUCCAAGUUUAGUCAGAUAGGUCUAGAACCUAACAUAUACCAGAAAACAAAAACUAAAGGAACGGAGCAGCAUGCUGUACAAGUCAGUGAUUAUCUAAAGCAAUCUCCAGAGGAUCUGAGUAAAAACUCUUUGUGGAAUUCCUGGAGCACCAAUCUCAAUAGGAACUCCCUAUUGAGAAGUUCAAAUGGAGUUGGCAAAAUCUCAGCCUCCUUAAAAAGCCCUCAAGAGCCUCACCAUCAUUAUUCAGCCAUUGAAAGGAACAAUUUAAUGAGGCUUUCUCAGACUAUACCAUUUACACCCAUCCAACUGUUUGCCGGGGAAGAGGUAACUGUCUACCGGCUGGAGGAGAGUUCCCCUUUGAAUCUCGAUAAAAGUAUGUCCUCCUGGUCCAAGCGUGGGAGGACUGCCAUGAUCCAGGUGUUGUCCCGAGAGGAGAUGGACGGCGGCCUCCGCAAAGCCAUGAGAGUCAUCAGCACCUGGUCUGAGGAUGAUGUUCUCAAGCCAGGGCAGGUUUUCAUUGUGAAGUCCUUCCUUCCCGAGGUUGUGCAGACAUGGCACAAAAUCUUCCAGGAGAGCACUGUGCUGCAUCUCUGCCUCAGGGAAAUUCAACAACAAAGAGCUGCUCAAAAACUAAUCUAUACCUUCAAUCAAGUGAAACCACAAACCAUUCCCUAUGCACCAAGGUUCCUAGAAGUUUUCUUAAUCUACUGCUAUUCCGCCAACCAGUGGUUCACCAUUGAGAAGUAUAUGAUGGGGGAGUUCCAGAAGUACAACAACAACAAUGGCGAUGAAAUUGCCCCCAGCAACACCCUGGAGGAGCUGAUGUUGGCUUUCUCUCACUGGACCUAUGAGUAUACUCGGGGAGAACUGCUGGUUUUAGAUUUGCAAGGUGUUGGAGAAAAUCUGACAGAUCCAUCUGUUAUAAAACCUGAAGACAAACAAUCCAGAGGAAUGGUGUUUGGACCAGCCAACUUAGGGGAAGAUGCAAUUAGAAACUUCAUUGCAAAACAUCGUUGCAACGCCUGCUGCCGGAAGCUCAAACUCCUGGAUUUGAAAAGGAACGACUAUUCCCCUGGAAGGAUAAAUCCCACCUUUGGACUUGAAAGCAAAGUAGAACCAGGUGAGGGGCCUCCAGCAAGGGAAAGGGGUGGUAGUCCUUCAGAAGACCUCACUCGAUUGUAAAAGGGAAGUACGAAGAUGAUGCCCCUGUCCUCCCUCUCGUGAACUAACUCUAUGAUAACAGAGGUUGAUUGACAGAACACUGAUUAUAGCAAAGCUGUCAGGAAGCUGCCUUGCCUAAAGACCUCAUUUGUGUGGGAAGAAUGCGUUCUCCUAGACGUUGACCUGCGUGCAGGGUGCUGCAAAUGUCAUCCUCAGAUUCCAUGGGAAGACACCCGGAGGAGCCAGCUGGGAUUACUGUUCCUUCACACCGCAUUGCUUUAGCUGGUCUCAAAGAUCCCUUGGAGCAGAAUGCUGGCAGUAAAGAGUCAGGGAGAUGAAUUUAUUUUCUCACUAAGUGUGCACACUGUAACCCCCACUGCUGUUCAUCACCUCACCCACAUACUGUAUUUCUGUAGAUAGAUGUACAAAAAAAAGUUAUUGGACUUCCUCCCUUCUCCUCUCCCAGUGUGGGACUUUGCACAGCAACAGCAAGGAACACCGUGGAAUGAGGGUGUAUUUGCACAGAUUGAAGCACACUCCUGCAUUGCCUAACCAGCAAAAAGUUAGUGUUCUGGUGAAGUGUUAAUGGGUGGAAGUAAUGUCAUGGAAUCAUAUAUGAUGCCUGGGCAUUUCCGGUUUCUCUGAAAGAAGGGGAAAGGGAAAUAAAUGCCCUUACAUCUUUUUUUUUUUUUUUU